AUAAAGCUUAGAGUAAGCAACCAAGUAUAGUAAUAUACAAUUUGAUGAGAUUGAGUUUGGUUCUUGUCUUUUACUUGUGCACUUUCAACUUUGCUGAUAUGAUCAUCCACUUCCAAUGCAUUUUCAAGUCAAGUAUGCAAUGUGUGGAGUAAUUCUCACAACUUUUCAUUUUGUUGUAACAAAUCUAACAACUAUUAUUUAGUUGUAACAAUAUUGAGUUGUGUAGGUGUCAAGUGGCUAUAUAAGUUAGUCCAUUAUUUCAUUUGUAUUUGUAUAGAGUGAUUCAUUUUUUAGAAAAGUUGUGAGAGAGAGAGAUCUGUAUGCGUGAGGAGAGAAUUUCUUCUGAGUGUUUGAGAGUUUUUGGGGUAUUGUGUGAGAGUUAAUGUGUAUGGUUCAAAAGAAGCCUUGGCCGGGUUUUAUACUCAAGAAAUAGUUGCUCAAAGAAGGGUUGAGAUCUCUGUGAUUAGACUUGUAAUCUGAUCUUUAUAGUGGACUAGCUCUAUUGGAUGUAGGAAACAAAUUUUAGCUUAACUAGGUUAAUUUCAGUGUGUUCUUUCCAUUAUUUGUUUUUUCAUUUCGUUUUGCAUUUUAACUAUUUAAAUUAAGUUGUAUAAGUUCUAGUUUAUAUUAGAGUUUUCCAAAUUUGUUGCAUCUGUGAGUCUUGUGUUAAAUCUAAGUCAACACAAUUCGUAUGCUUUAAAAUGCUAUUGAUAAGCUUCAACAUAUGAGAAUUGUCAAGCUUCAACCAAAUGAUGAUUGAUACACAGUUAAUAAUAAUGUGUUUGACACUAUUACAAACAUUUCAAGUUAAUAAAUGACAUUGUGAACCAAACAUUUAAAGAUAACAAUAGACUAUGCAAAUGUCAUCUAUUUAAGUUUGGGGCUUUGGAUACAAACAAAAAUAAGAUAAACUUUUCUGAGAAUUCAAUGUGUUUCUAAUAUCUAUUUUUUUUAAUUUUAUUUUUCAAAUACAUCAUGAUUUUGUAUAUCUCUGCACUACCCAUACAGAUAUGGAAAUCCAUUCCCCUUAUUUUGUGGAGCAUUCACAAUAUUAUUUUAUUUGUUUUGUCUUAAUAAAUAAUAUCCAUUUCUUCUCUCUCACUAAACCAAAAAUCAUAUUUCGUUUAUUUUGUCAAUAAUAUUAAAAAUAUUUAUAUGCAUAUCUAUAGACGUGUUGAAAUAUCAUUGUUUUAAUAUGAAAACUAUUCAGAGCCGGCUCAACAAUAGUAUUGAAUCAUUUGAGCCUUAUGUGAUAUGAAUUAGUCAAGAGAGAAAAUUUAUAAAACUCAUCUUCUCGUUUCCUUGGCCAUUCAUUUCUCUAUGUUUCCUCCGCUAACAAUGACUCUAAUGAUCAAACACUCGCUGACUCGCUUCGCUCGUGCUCUGAGUCAUUCUCACUACUCCAACUUCAAUCAAUACACUCGUUCAUAUUCCAAGUUUUCCCAAGAUCUUGAACCAGAAUCAUGGAAGUCAAUGGAUGGCUUAGUUCGUUGCUCUGCAAACUAUGUUCCUUUGUCUCCCAUAGGCUUCUUGGAGCGAUCAUCAAAGGCUUACAGAGACAACACUUCCCUUGUCUAUGGUUCUGUGAGACACACAUGGGGUGAAACUCACCAACGUUGUCUUAAACUAGCUUCUGCUUUGACCCAGUUGGGAAUUUCCCGUGGAGAUGUGGUUGCUACCUUUUCAUACAACCUCCCACAAAUCUACGAGCUUCAUUUUGCUGUCCCAAUGGCUGGUGGGGUUCUCUGUACACUCAAUGCUCGACUUGAUUCGGUCAUGGUGUCAGCCCUGCUAAGACACUCAGAGGCCAAAGUUAUCUUUGUUGACAGCCAAUUACUCGACAUUGCGCGCGGAGCACUACACCUGCUCGCUAAAACAGAGACAAAACCUCCCAUUUUAGUGCCACUCACAGAUUCUGACUACGAAAGUCUUUUGUCCACCGGAACCGAUCAGUUCGAGAUACUAAGGCCGCAUAGCGAGUGGGAUCCAAUCACCAUAAACUACACCUCAGGAACAACUGCACGCCCCAAAGCUGUCGUCUACAGUCACCGCGGGGCUUACUUAAACUCCCUAGCCACGGCUCUGCUCUUCGGCGUGAGAGCCAGGUCUGUCUGCCUAUGGAGCAUGCCUAUGUUUCACUGCAACGGCUGGCUCGUGCUAUGGGCUUCGGCGGCUCAGGGUGCUGCUAAUAUAGUCAUAAAGAAAGUCUCUACCAGAUCCAUUUUUGAUAAUAUAGCUAUGCACAAUGUGACACACAUGGGUGCUGUGCCAACCGUCAUGAACAUGAUUGUUAACUCGUCUGCUAGUGAGCGCAGGCUGCUGCAGCACACGGUGGAGGUCUUAACAGGCGGUGCAUCACCGCCGCCGCAGAUUCUUGGGCGUAUGGAAGAGAUGGGGUUCCGAGUAAAUCAGAUUUAUGGCCUUACAGAAACUUAUGGUGCUGCAACUAACUGUGCAUGGAAGCCAGAAUGGGAUGCGCUGCCGCUUGAUGAGCGGUCGAGAUUGAAAGCUCGAAAAGGGCUGCGCCACCUCGCCAUGGAGGAAGUAGAUGUUAAAGAUACAGUGACCAUGGAGAGUGUUAGGGCCGAUGGCGAAACGAUUGGCGAGGUUAUGUUCAGGGGAAACACUGUAAUGAGUGGUUACUUUAAAGACUUGAAGGCAACAGAAGAAGCUUUUAAGGGAGGAUGGUUUCACAGUGGGGAUCUUGGGGUGAAACAUGAGGAUGGUUAUAUAGAAAUUAAGGAUAGAAUGAAGGAUAUAAUCAUAUCAGGGGGUUUGAAUAUAAGCACGGUUGAGGUAGAGACAGUCUUGUAUAGUCAUGAAGCUGUGUUUGAGGCUGCUGUUGUUGGACGCCCUGACAGCCAUUGGGGGGAGACGCCUUGUGCUUUUGUGACACUCAAAGAGGGCUUUGAGGGUGUCAAUGCAGACCAACUUAUCACAUUUUGUAGGGAUCGUUUGCCUCAUUAUAUGGCUCUAAAGACUGUCGUUUUUGAGGAGUUGCCUAAAAAUUCAACUGGGAAGAUACAGAAGUUUAUCUUGAGGUUAAGAGCAAAGGCCAUGGGAAGCCUUUCUUGAACUAGCGCACACACACAGAGACAGAUAUAUGUGAAGUAAUAAGUGUGUGUCACUGUGUUGUAUGUUAUUUUUAUUGAUAAUAAACAUACCAAAUAUGUAUUUAAUACAUUAUUGAGUUGUUUUUCUGAAUAAAAAAAGAGACGAUUUAUAAGUCA